AUGACUCACCAGCAGAACAUUCACAUAAAGAGACAAAUCAAUCUGAAACAGAAAAGUGACCAAGAAGCAGAAGAUCAUUCAGAUAAAGAGACUGCUGAUUCUGAAACAAGAAAAACUGUUUUGAAGAGAGAUGACUCACCAGCAGAACAUUCAGAUAAAGAGACAGAUCAAUCUGAAACAAGAGAAGAUUUUAAUCAAAAUAAAAACGACCAAAAAGCAGAACAUUCAGAUAAAGAGACAGCUCAAAUUGAAACAGGAGAAGCUUCUCAUCAGAAUAUAUAUGAUUUAGCAGCAGAAGAGUAUUCAGCUAAAGAGACUGUUGAAUCUGAAACAAGAGAAGAUCCUGUUCAGAAGAGAGAUGACUCAGUAGCAGAUGAACAUUUAGAUAAAGAGACUACUGAAUAUGAAACAAGAAACACUUCUGAUCAAAAUAGCAGUGGUACAGAAAGGACUGAAUCAGUAACAAGACACAAUUCUAAUGAAACAACUGAUAUAAAAUCUGAAAAUUAUCCUGGUGCACUUCUCGAACUAAAUGUUCAUCCUCAAACUGCAAAAUUGGGAAGCGAUAUCCUCAUCCCUUGCAUAUUCACUGCAAACAAAAUCCCUGUUAACCCUAAAUUUCUGGCUAUAUUUUGGUACUUUCAAGAAAAAGAGAUUUUGAGAUAUGAUAAUAUUGUGACAAGAUCGCAUCGCAGGGUGUCCUUAAAUACAGAUAGAGCAGUUUAUGGGAUUGCUUCUUUGUCGAUUUCCAAUGUAAAAAUAUCUGAUUGUGGAAUCUAUAAGUGUUCAGUGACUUAUAGUCCCGAAAAAAAGGAGAAGGAAGUCACGCUUGAUGUUCAUGCUCCCCCAACUAUUACAAUCACUAAUAAUAUGGUUGAAAAGGAUAUAGAGAGUAUACUGCACAGCACAAUCACUGGCUUCUAUCCUGUAAAGAUUGAUAUUGAAUGGCUCAGAGACAAAGAAGUCCUGAAAUCUGUUAAUCAUUCUGAACCCCAGCAAAAUUCUGAUGGAACAUACACGGUAAAAAGCUCUGUCACGUUAACACCCACCGAGGAAAGCAAAAAUCACAACUACUCAAUCAGGGUCCAACACGUAUCUCUUUAUGAACCUUUGCAGAAAAAAAUCCAACUGGUCUAUGACGCAACCAGCAAACCAUAUGUUCUAUAUAUUGUAAUUGCUAUAAUCAUUUCCAUCAUAUCAAUAGUAAUUAUUGCUUUGAUCAUCAAGUGUGUCAGAAGACGCAGGAACAAUGUUCUUGUGGCGAGCACAGAGGGAUCCAGCACCGAUGGUGACCUACCUUUGCAGGCUUCUGAGAUUGCUGUAACAACAUGUGAGAUGGAGGAGGAAGUGGCUCCCUCGGAGUCUGAUGAUCAGACAGGAACUAAACAGGCAAAUGUAAAGGAGGAUUUGAUAAAGAGUCCAAGAAAAACAAAUCAAGAUCCUAAAGCCCCAGAAGUUGAAGAAAUAGAAAUACCCGAGCUGAUAAUAAAUACUGAAGCUGAGUUUAAAUGUAAAUGCUCUUAUUAUUUCCCAAAUGAUCUGCGGGUUAAAUGGCGCCAAAAAGAGGGAGAAAGAGACUUUGUUUGUCUUAAUUCAAGAAACUGCAGAAUUCCUGAUCUUCAACAAGAAGAGCAGCCUGAUGGCACAUUCACAUGUACUGCAAUAUUAGGUUUCACUCCUUCAGAGAACUCACAGGAAGAACUUGAAUUUGAGUGCACAGUGGAACAUUCUGCUCUCAAAAACCCAAUUACAAAAACCACAGGACCCCUUACAAUUUUAGAGGGGACACCAGCAGAAAGUUAAUCAACUGUGGAGACUACUGAAUCCAAACCAGAAGAAGCUUCUAAUCAUAAGACACCAGAAAGCAAUCAUUAUGUGGAGAAUGCAGUGUCAGAAACACAAGAAACUACUAAUCAGAAUAGUGACGACUCUUUAGCUGAAUAAUAAUCCUUGUGUGGAGAAUGCUGAACCGGAACAAUUAUAACCUGUAAAUCACAAAAGUGAUAACUCAACAGCAGAAAGUUAUCCUUAUGAGCGUGCUGAAUCAUGAACAGUAGAAGUUUCCAAUCAGAAGAUGAAUGACUUGAAACCAGACCAAUAUUCUUGUAUGGAGAGAGAACCAGAAACAGGAAAAGCUUUGAAUCAAAAGAGUGAUAAUUCAGCACCAUACAAACAUUUCAGUUUUGAAUUGUUGAAUCAGAACCGAGAGAAGCUUCCAAUCAGAAGAGUUAUGACUUAUCAUUGGAAAAACAUUUUAGUAUGGAGAUUGAGAAAUCAAAAACAGGAAAAGCUUCAAAUCAGAAGAUGAAUGACCCAGCACCAGACAGACACUCUAGUAUGGAGAGAGCUGAAUCAGAAACAGGAAAAGCUUUUAAUCAAGAGUGAUAAUUCAGCACCAGACACACAUUCCAGUUUUGAAAUUGUUGAAUCAGAAUCAGGAGAAGCUUCUAAUCAGAAAAGCCUAAUUGUUUUUUCGUAAAAUGGACUGAACAUUGGCAUUUCAUGGGCAUAUAUGAAAUUGUCUCUCAAAUCCCAGUGUAAUUCGUAAACAUUUACCCCUACAGAACUCCCUGUUUUUUCUCGCAACUUAAAAGCUGGCAAUCAAAAUACGCAAAACACUAAUAACUCUGAAUGGAAAACCUAGGCAUAUGAAAAUAACAGCAACUUUAAGGUACAUUGCUCUGAAAACAGCGUUGUUUGAAUUUUUUUAUGUGUAAUUUUAAAGUUUAAACAUACACUCCUUCAUUGCAAUUUUUUACAUAGCAGAUAGCGCUCAUUAUUUCUAUCGGAAGCAUCUUCACUCGCAGGGACAGUCCCUUUUUUUAUAGAAUUCCAUGAGGGUUGCUCCUGCUAGUGUCGGUGUGUAAAACCAUGUUUAGACCGGCGGAUUUUAUAGAAUCGGCCCCUAAGGCUUGGUUACCUUUUCCCUCUGAGUACUGUGACCUUGAAAUCUAUUUUGUGCAACAAGUUGUAAUACAACUGCAGCGUGAGAACUAACCCUUAUUAUAACUAAUACAUGUUUGUUAGACAAUAUACAAAACAGCACCUACAUCACUGCUUGUUGAAAGAGUAUCAUUUUUGCAGUUUGCUUAAAACUGAAACUAUAUGAGUCUAGAUGAUGAGGCAAAUGAAACUUGAACAAAGACUUUAACUGAACACAGACAAAAUGAAACAGGUUAGAGAAGCCUUAAAGAUUUAUUAGCAGAGCUGGUUCUAACCAACACAGCAGACUAAAACCUGAACACAAAAUACAAGUAAAGCAGAAACGUGUGCUCUGUCCCUGUAGAGGUGAGACUUUACUGAAAUAUCUUUUACUGAUGAGAUAAUGUUCCUCCUGUGUGUGAUCAUGGUGAUCUACCUACCAUUGUAUGCUACCUUUUCACUGAACCACUUGAAGAUAAGUAUUGCAUAAUCAUUUCUUUGUUUUAGUAUAAAGUUUCAAUAAAAAAUUAUCUGAUUUCACAACA